AUGGACGCACAAGCCUACCUAAUCCGCCACGGCUGGUCCGGUCCAGGCAACCCACUCAACCCCAACCGUCGACCAGGCGCACACUCCGGCCUCGGGCUCACGAAACCGAUUCUCGUCUCCCGAAGGAAAGGCAACCUCGGCGUUGGCCAGACGACAACCAAAGACCCGACGAACCAGUGGUGGUUGCGCGGAUUCGAGGAUGCGCUGAAGGGUGUUGGAGAUGAGAAUAAUGCUGGGGUGGAGAAGAAGCCGAAUGCGUUGACUAGUGAGCUUUAUCGGUAUUUUGUGAGGGGGGAGGUUGUUCCUGGGACGCUGGGGUCGAAGGAUGAGCAGGAGAAAAAGAAGGAGAGGGAAGAGAGUUCCGAGUCUAAGGCUAAAGCUGAGUCUAAGAAGAGGAAGAAAGAUGAUGUGGAUGGGGAGGAAGAUCGGGAAGCGAAGAAAUUGAGGAAGGAGGAGCGGAAGAGGAAGAAGAUGGGUCGGGCUGAGGAGGGGGAGGAUUCUGCUGUGUCGCGCAGUGAUCGGGAUUCUAAGGAUCGGAAGGAGAGUAAGGAGGAGAGGCGCCAACGGAAGGAAGAGAAGAGGAGGAAGAAGGAAGCGAAGGAAUUGAAGAAGAAGCUGAAGAAGGCUAAGGAAGCGGAGGACAGCACUACCGAUGAGAAUGAGAAAGCUACACGCAAGAGCAAGAAGGAGAAGGAAGGAAAUAACCCAGAAGAGGACUAUCCUACUCCGAUAUCGAUCGAGAACGACCAGACAGAGUCUAGUGGACGUGAGGAGUCCUCUGAUUCGAUAGAAAAAUCCAAGAAGAAGAAAGAGAAAAAGGAAAAGAAGGAGAAAGAGAAGGAUAAGGAAAGCAAGAAGAGGAAGAAGAGUGAGGAGUCCUCACCUGAAGACGGCUCGAAAUCAAAAUCAAUGAAGUCGAAGGAUGCCAAAAAGUCAAGGAAGGAGUAG